AUGGUGAAGUCUUGCUUGAUGACCAGCGGCUCUACUUACAUCAAGGACAUGGCCAGUUGCUUCGGGAUGGAUUCCUUACGCUGCACUUCCAGGAGGUGCCAAAUAUUAGCGUGGAAUGGGAACCCAUGGAGAAGGAGGACGCUCCAGCUGCAGGACAUGAUUUGUGCCGUUCAAGACCACAGUGCGCCAGACUGCCAGUUUGUGGCGCAUGGUGUGGUCCUCCGCAGCGUGCAGAUGGAGGAUCUGGACAGGGCCCGGCGCUGGGCUCUGGUGGAAAAGGCCUUGGAGCAGCAGGGGCUUGGGUCCCUGAUGACCAUGCGCUGGUACAAGAAGGAGAAGCUAGACACUGGCUUGCUUUACAUGCGACUCUCGAGCGCGGAACUGGCACAAGAGUUGAUUGCGAUGGAGGUUCUGGAUCUUGGCGGAGAGAAGGCGAAAGUGUUCCCCAUCACGAAGAGUAAGACCAAGCAGAAUUCCAAGAAGCCGAUGCAUGUGACGCCUGUGCCCAAAGUGGAGCCCGAACUCUCGUCGAGGCGUGAACCCGCAAGGCCGUGCUUUCUUUGUGACGGCGCGGCGGGUGGGCACCAAGCCUUUCAAUGUCCCUUUUGGCGGCAGUGCGUCACCAUCAAGGGCGCCUCUGAGGAAAAUCGUGAGGAGAUUUGGGAGAGAUGCUUCAGGAGAAGAAUGUUGAGCCUCAGACCUUGA